AUGCUACCAAUUUUGCGAUUGUUUUUUAUCAGCUAUUGUUUUUUUAUAUCAAAAAGUUUAACGCGUCAUUGUUCUUCCGAUGAUUUUAUCUUUGAAUAUACGACGUGCGAUGAAAAUGGUCAAAGAUGGCGGGUUGCUGUCCCCAAGAACGAUCAUUUACAAUGUGAAGGAGGUGCACCGUUUCCUACGAGAGGAAUCAAUUGUUCGUUUUCAUGCCAACCGGGCAUGUUCCUCGAUGUUGAUUCGCAAAAAUGUCGCCAUUGUUCACCAGGAAGUUAUAGUCUAGGUGGUGGAAUAAGAUUCGAAGAAUUUUCGCGUUUACCACCUGGUUUCGUCAUCGAAAAUUUUGAUACUAACAUUGAUAUUUUCUCUGGCACCACUUUGAAAAAUUCGGGAUGUUCAAAUGAAACGGGUUGGAUCACAAAAAAUACAGAACUACUCUAUGUUCCCUCUCCAUGUAUUGCCAAACUGACUUACAGUGUGGAUUUAGUUCGACCGGGUUUUGUUCAGUAUUCAUAUAAACUACCGAAAGAUAGUCGAGGGCUUUCUUUGAAAGUGAUUGUAAGAAAUAAGCAAUGCCAAAGUUACACAAGGAAACCUUUGAAGGAAAACGAACGAGACUAUGAAGGUGAAUGGCAACGUCGACGAAUCAAAUUAAAAAGUGGUACCAAUGUGAUAACUUGGAUGGUAUUUAAUAAUCGAGACAUUUUUUCGAAAAAUGAUGUCAUUGCUAUUUCAAAAAUUGAUAUUCUCGGAUUGGCGUUCACUCAGCAAUGCACACUCUGCCCGGCUGGUACAUAUAGCGAUCGAGGCGCGCGACAAUGCAAAUCGUGUCCAGCAGGUUAUUUCAGCACCAAGGGAUCCCGAGAAUGUGCUAGGUGUCCACUGACGCAAUACUCUGGUCCAAGAGCAUCCAUGUGCAUCGAUCGCCCUGUGUGCGCUGAAACAGACUAUUUUCCGAAGAUGGAACCUUGCAACGACCUCGGUCUGACGAGAAUUGUCUAUGAAAAAGUACAGCCAAAUGUUUGUCGCGAUGAUGUGGAAGGAUCAUAUAAACUACCACCUCCAGGUCAAUCACGUCCUUGUCCAAAAUGUAAUCCUGGAAUGGCUAUGAAUAAUAACAAAAAGUGUUCUUUUUGUCCGGUGGAUCAUUUUUCUGAAGGCAACGAGUGUGAACGAUGCCCACUGCAAACACUUCCAAACUAUGGCUUGCAAUAUAUUCUGUGGCAUGAUUUACCACCCAAUAUGACAACGAAAUGUGAAUAUAUCAUGGAAGAUAGACCAAAAUUUUGCAAUAUCGGUAAUUCUUGGAUUCCAGCAGGGAAUUCAUUAUAUAGCUCAUCAACUCACGAAAAAGGCAUUGUACUGGAGUUGUUUUUGAAUAUUUCUGAAGGAUUCUCCAAUCCGCUACUAUCGAAUGACGCAAAAAUAUCACUUCAAGAUCCCAUCGCACAUAUCACAUUUGAAUUUGAAACCAGUUGUAUCGAUAUUAGCUGUAUUUUUUACUUUGUUGAGGAUUCGCCGAAACAAGCAUCAUUUCAUUUAAUUGCGGGUUUUAAUGGAACUCAAGCCCGUCGCUCGUAUUCGUAUCCAAUUAUUUCUACGAGACCUACCAGAUUUCUUUUUGCAUUUAUGCGGUCGUGGAGCUCAUCAGAAAAUGAUGCUAUAACAGAUCGUGCAAUCAUUUACAGUAUAAAUGUGACGAAUGUUGCUAGAGGAAGUGGGGGUGCUUCUGCAUGCCUUCCGUGCCCAUUAUCGAAUGGGAAAUGUGUGACUUGUCCAUCAGGCCAAUAUAUAUCUGAAACUGUAACUUGUCGAAAAUGUCCGAAGAAUACUAUUCUUAAUGUAUCGAGUGAUCAUAUUGGUAUCAAAUCAUGCAUACCUUGUGGUUCAAAUCUUGAAUCCAAUGACGGUAUUCGCUGUUCAUCAAGUGGUUUACUUGAAAUACCACGUAAUUCUUCAAAUGUCACAAGUCACUUCGAUUUCACAAAUUUUAUUGGAAAGACAUUUCAAGCAACGGGUGUGAAGGUAUUCGCCAGAGAGGGCUCUUCAUAUUAUCAUUUAUUUAACAUAUCACUAUUUAAUGAGGAGGGUGCAAUAUGUAAUGAGGAAAUUUCUGCCAAUGAACUGGAUGGAAAUUCACCACAAUUAAACUUUUUCUACGAAUCCUCAUCAUCGGUGGACUAUUGCCCGAAUGGAAUUCAUACUGUAGUUACAACAAAAUGCGAGCCUCGUUUAGUCGAAGAAUCGGAGGUAUUAAAUUUAAUGGCUUUUUUUCACAUUUGCUUGACAAAUUAUGAGAUUUAUUUAUUCAUUUGGAAACUAUUUCAAUUAUUUUUAUCGCUCCUUCGUACUCUUUCGCUAUUUUCUUAUGAAUGCUUAGUUGUGUGGGUUGCAUGUUUCCUUAAGGUACAUCUUCCACGAAAUUGUCCAGACGGAACCUGCGACGGAUGUUUGUAUCAUAUGAUUAUAUUAACAGCUCGAGCUUGUCCAAUUUGUACAGAAAGUGAUUAUACAGUAAUUAGAGGCGAAUGUAUUAAUGGGAAACAAACAGUUCACAGCAUACCUUCAAGUAAUCACUAUUACGAUUAUCUUCAUAUAUUUCGCGAUUCACUGAGAGACAAACACAUUUUUUAUAAUUUUUUUAGAUUGGAAUAUAAAUAUAUGAAAUUGGUUGAAUCAAAAAAUCCAUCAAAAGGAAAUGAAUUGCCCGCAGCUGAAAGCUGUGGCGUUAUUGGAGAUGAUGAAGAGGAAGAGGAACUUGAUCGAGUAUUAUUUACAAAAGGAAAGAAGAAAUUUUCAAGAGGAAUUCGAAAAAAUCGACGAAUUUUUGAUAAUCAAAGCAAAAAUGAUAAUCUCGAAACUCCAUUUGUUCCUCUGGAGGAAACUGAUUAA